AUGACAUCCUUUACGGCAAUCGACAACUUUGCCAAAGCAACACUCACAUCCAUCCCAGACGAUGAAAAACCUACCUACAACACCCUCAAAAUCAUUCAUCAAGAACUGAAUGCCAAUGCCAUGGCGGUACAUCUACCCUCGGAGGAGGACAUAUGGCACCUAGCACCUGUCAUUCCACAGCAGCUUCAAUGCACUCCCCAAUGCCAUCGCAUGGGUCGCACCAGUCCACCCAGGACCAAAUCCUAUCCAUGGAGAUGCCCCCACCAGCCACAAAGCACAAAAAACAGGACAUACGCAGCCAACUGA